UUGGCUGAGGCUAUGUGGCGCGGACGAGUGCUGGCGCAAGUGAUUGGACAUGCCUUUAGGGGGCGGGGCCUGGGGGCGGGGCUUGCUGCGAAGAGCGUUGAAAUAAGGCGCACAGGACUUCACAGCGUUUCUAGCUGGAAUCUCUGUGUUCUAGGUCAGAUCAGACAUUCUUUCACAAUGCCUGAAAUAAAUAUCAGCCAUCUUGAUGAACAACAGGUUCAACUUCUGGCAGAGAUGUGUAUUCUUAUUGAUGAAAAUGACAAUAAAAUUGGGGCUGACACCAAGAAAAAUUGUCACCUGAAUGAAAACAUUGACAAAGGAUUGUUACAUCGAGCUUUUAGUGUCUUCUUAUUUAAUACUGAAAAUAAGCUCUUGUUACAGCAGAGAUCAGAUGCUAAAAUUACCUUUCCAGGUUGUUUCACCAAUAGUUGCUGUAGUCAUCCCUUAAGUAAUCCAGGGGAGCUUGAAGAAAGCAACGCCAUCGGUGUGAAACGAGCUGCACAGAGGCGCUUGAAAGAGGAACUGGGCAUCCCCUUAGAAGAGGUUGAUCCAAAGGAAAUGCAUUAUCUAACACGAAUUUACUACAAGGCCCAGUCUGAUGGUAUAUGGGGUGAACAUGAAAUUGAUUAUAUUUUGUUUCUGAGGAAGAAUGUAACACUGAAUCCAGAUCCCAAUGAGAUUAAAAGCUAUUGCUAUGUAUCAAAGGAAGAACUCAAAGAAAUGAUGAAGAAAGCAGCCAGUGGUGAAAUUAAGUUAACUCCAUGGUUUAAAAUUAUUGCAGACACUUUUCUCUUUAAAUGGUGGGAUAACUUAAACCAUUUGAGUCAGUUUGUUGACCAUGAGAAAAUACAUAGAAUGUAAAUGUGUAAAUGAGUGGAAAAUUUUUCUACCUUGUAAGAAUGUUUUUUGUUUUGUUUUCUUUUGAACUGGGCUCCCUUGUAUAAUACAUAGGUAUUUUACAACCAGAAUUUGUUUGAGAAAAAAGCCCAAUUGACUUUCAGUUUUGUAGUAUGUAUGUAUGCACUGCUGUUUAUAAGAGAUAUGAGAGGUUAUUGCAAAAUUAUGCCAUAAAUAAAACUUAAUUUAGCCUGUUCAAAUACAUGACUGUGAUAAAGAAAUAAGUAGAACUCUUCAUUUUUACAUUUUCACAAACAUUUUCAGAACACUUUGCUAUUCCUAAGUGUUUUUAUACCAUUAAAUUUUAUCAUAGGCCAGAAAAAUGAGUAAAAGAGAUUACUUAGUUGUUUCAAAACAGCACUGAUAGAAUAAAUGGUCAAGGCUGGGGAUACGCUCAGUGGUACCAUGAUUGCCUUGCAGGCAUGAGGUCAUGGGUUGUUGAGUUCCUAGUCCUUAAAAUAAUUAUAACUCUGAUAACAGGCAGAGCAGAGUCAAGGGAGAGUAAAUGGUAUCCAGUCAUCCCUCCUAAUCUCAGGACUCCCUUCAAAACUAAAGUUCUGGAAGUUCGAGUCUUGUACAAUAUGACGUUUUAUUUGAUGUAUUCACACGUCACCUCAUCUCUGGGUUGGUUGUAGCACUGACCACAGUGUAAAUGGUAACAUGUAUAGUUGUUAUACUAUGCUUUGUGAUCAGUGCACAUCAAAUUUAAUAUACAAUUGGUUUGAACCCUUGGAUGCUUGGCCCACAGUUUUGAAAGGCCUUUUCUAUAUGCUAAUUUCUGUCAUUUUGGGGUGAUUUUAUGGUUUAACCGUCCUGAAAUUAUUUUAUUGCUUAAAGUUAAUUAUUAUUUUUUAGUGGUGAUGGUAACUGGUUAAUUCUUUUAAAUAGUUAUUUACCAUUUAACAAAAUUCGUUCAUCUUUAGGGUGGAAGAGAUGUUAGUUACAAGGUGGGAGUGAGUUCUUUAACAGGAGUUGAGAAGACUCUUAGCACCACCAGCACUGGGCUUGGAUAAUCUUGUUAUAGGGGUCUGACCUGGGUGGGAUGCUGUUUGGUAGCAUAUCUGCACCCUUACACUCAAUAGUAUUUAGCACCCCUUUGCUAAGACAACAGAAAAAAAUGGGGAGGGGAGUGAGUUUUGAGACAGGGUCUCUCUGUGUAGCCCUGGAUUUUCUAGACUCACUCUGUAGACCAGGCUAGCUUUGGAACUCAGGAUGCACCUGCCUCUGUCUCCCAAGUGCUAGUAUUAAAGGCCUGCACCAUCAUGCCCAGCAGCAACCAGAAUUUCAGUGGAUAAUACCAAGUGUCCGAUAGGAGCAGAGACACCGCUGGUAGAACCACUUACUGUUCUGUAGGCAGGGCUUACUUGAGAGGUGGAAACAGGAGGGAAUAGCUGUGAGGAAGGUGACGAGGAAUAGAUAGAUGUUAUAAGCAUAUAUUGAGAUUUUGAUGUUAUAGGACAGGCAUAUGUUGAGAUUGUAUCUUGAUUGAUGUACUGUUUAAAACUUGCCAUUGGUGUGUCAAAUUUGAGAUCUUAAGACAACUUUAGACUUAAGUGCUGGAUAAUAAAUACUUUUUACUUACAAAAACUUUAUAAAUUUUAAUUUCUUGAUAACUCAGGACAAUUGAUUUAUCUUUGAAGAUACAGCUAUGUAGCACAUAUUUAUUGAAAAUUAAAAAUAAAUUAUUUUAAUA